CAUUGUUUCAGGCAGUCAAGUUUUCCUCGUCGGUUAUGGAGCAGCAGUCGACUUCGUUAUAGAGAACAUGCAACAGCCGCUAGAGAGUUCAUGACGAAAACCUAAAAAAACCAGAAAAGAAAGUGAUAAGUUAUCUUUAAAGUUUUCGCUGACCGAUAGCAAAGAUAUCAUUCUCGCCGGUGCUUUCAGUACAGUGAGACGUGUAGUGUUAAUGUGACGUGAUAGUGUUAUAAAAAUUGCGUGUAUUGUGGUCGCGGUUAGCAGCGCUGGGAUGGUUGGCAGUCGUUGGCUGCCAUACGCCCGGCACGGAGCUGGAAUCGGUCCGGUACGGGCCCGGGGACGACCGGUUCACUAGUGACACGUUUAACGCAGGCUAACAUCAAUAUAUCGUAUAAGGAUGAACAUGGGGGAACAGUACGUCGGAGACUUCUGAGUCCGGAAAGUACGGAGAAGGUUUCAUCGGCUCGGCUCGCGGCCUCGCUGUCCAUGUCCGAGCCAAAGGCGAGGACGGAGCACAUGACCACACGGGGUGCACUUGGCCCCUUCUGUCAGUCGCUGCUCCGUUGAAACCACUGCCCGAGGAGCCGUGGAUCGCAGUUAUGAGGAGGGGCAGCUGUAACUUUGAGAUUAAGGUACAGAACGCAUGGCGCGCGAACGCGAGCGCGGUGCUCAUAUACAACGACAGGGACACCACCGUUUUGGAGAAAAUGAAGCUGUCCACCGAUAAUGGACGAAACAUAAGCGCGGUGUUCACAUACAAAUGGAAGGGUGAAGAAAUAGCCCGUCUCAUCGACAACAACACCAACGUGACUAUCGGCAUCAUCAAGGGCCGCACCUUCACACACAUCAACAACAACAUCAAUAAAACAUCGGUGCUGUUCGUGUCCAUAUCGUUCAUCGUGCUGAUGGUGAUCAGCCUCGCGUGGCUCGUCUUCUACUAUAUCCAGCGCUUCCGCUACAUCCAUGCGAAGGACAGACUUUCGAAACGACUUUGCUGUGCAGCGAAGAAAGCGCUAUCCAAAAUACCUGUUAAGAGUUUAAAGACUGAAGACAGAGAAGUCCAAGGCGACGGCGAGUGUUGCGCCAUCUGUAUAGAGCCUUACAAAGUGUCCGAGACGCUUAGGUCUCUGCCUUGUAGACACGAUUUCCACAAGAACUGCAUCGAUCCAUGGCUCUUGGAGCACAGAACGUGCCCGAUGUGCAAGAUGGACAUACUCAAGUAUUAUGGCUUCGUGUUCACGGGAAGCCAGGAGAGCAUCCUGCAGCUGGACGUGGAGGAGGCUCGCAGCCGCGCCAUCAGCCCCGCGCGGAACCGCCACCCGCUCACACUGUUGACGAGCGACAACUCGUACUCGGAGGCGGGCAGCUCGCGCUCGUCGCGCGCCUCGUCGCCCGACGAGCUGGCGCCCUCGCUGCCGCGCCGCCAGCCGCAGGACAGAUCUCACACGUCGUCACCGGACUGCGCCACGCCGCACGCCGACACGUCGGCCGCGCAAGACUGAGACGGUAUGCGGCUAUUCGGCCGCGUCACGCAGGUGUGACAGGGACAGCUACAGCCCAACCAGCAACCCGAGUGCGCAGUGUGACACAUAGAUUCUCAAUAGUCCAUUCUAUAAAAUGUGCCCUGAAGAUAUCUUGUAGUGUUGUAAUGAAAUGACAACAGAAGAAAUGUUAUAGCGGCUGCUAUCAUCUCAAAGAACUGUCAAGAUUCAUCGACCUAGAAAGUGACAGCAAUAGUAGAUAGGAAUAAUUUAGCGCUUAGGUCUUUGUACAACUGAAGCCAAAUGACCCGUUUAAGCUAAAAAAAUACAAACAUGAAAAGAAAUACGUUGAAAUGUAUACAAAAGAACUAUAGCUGUCUUCUUCUGUCUAUAUAAAAUAAGAGAGACAGAGUAAUCACAGCACCCCAUCGGAAAGACAUUUGUUUGAGUGAAGUGAGUCAGUGAUGUGUUCAUAAAUAACCUUAGAAUAAAAUACUCAUGGUACUUCCAGUGACGUUCGGUGGACAAGUGAUGUUUUAUCGUAAGCAAAUACCACUCCGCCUAGUCGACGGGCUUAAUCUAGGUUUCCUAUAUUGAGCCCUAAUCUCACAUAAGAUAUGCGUACAGAUGCCUAGUCAGUUUAUAAUGUACCGUAAAGUGGGGUUACUGGGGACAGGAGGGAUAACUUCAGACAAAAGAAAAAUUUCCUAAUUACAUGAACGUGGCUGACAGGAGUGUACUUUUUACACAAUUUUACGGACAAUAUAUCAAAUAGAUAGAUUAGUUUUAGUAAAAAAAAAUGUCUGAAGUUAACCCAUCUGACCCCAGAAAAGGCAUCUGUACGGAAUCUUCUGGGUCCUGUAACCUACUUUUACCUUUGCGAUGUAGAAAAACUGUGUUUCCCUAUACACCCCUACCUAAAUUAGCUUAGAUAUGUCGCAGUUAGCAUCUCUUUCCUACAAAGUUAUUUAGAGUGGGACAAACGCUUUUACAACUAUGUUCUAGCUAGUAAUAUAGUGGUUAAGUUGAAGAAGGCCGAUUUGAACUUUAUGUAGAUGGAAUAAGGGGUACAAUGUAUAAUAAACUUAUAGCAUUUUAUUUGCUAUGUUUGAUGGAUCUUUUUGUACAGAUGCUCUCAGAAAUAUCUGAGAAAAUAUGGACUCACAAUUAUCUGAACGCGUUUUAAAUAUCAUUGCGUGUUCAGAUAUUUUUGAUAUCUAAUGAGAUAUAAUCGGCCUUUUGCACUUAACUUAAUAAAUUUUUACCAAUAUAAAACGAUUUUACUAUUGAAACUUUUAAUAUGCGUAGAAUAAUUAGAAACCUGACGAUUUCUUUAUAUUUUGACCUAUGAAGUUUUAUUAGCCAAAUCGUUUAGUUGAAGUGAGAUGGGUUAAGAAUAACUUAGUUUAUUUUGCUCGAGGCAACAUAUAGUGUUAUUCUUGCCCCGGUGUUCGUCUUACCCCAUCUCACCUUAUAUGUUUGAAUACCAUUUGGAAGUAUUUGUACUUAAAACAAGGAUUGGCUGUUGAUCUCAUAUAGUAUGCGUGUUAUGUAACUUCACUGCUAUAUUAUAUUGUUUUGAACUUUGCGAUAUUCACUGUAAUUUAACAACAAGAAGACAUAUCCAUGUACAAAUUAAUACAACAACGCUGUAUAACGCAGUUUGACUUGCAAAUACUUUUCAGAAAAAGGUCACAUCUGUGGACAAAACAUCAAAAGUUGUGUCUGAUGCACGAUUACCUUAGCAGCAGAAGUAGUUAAGCGGGUGUGGCGUUCAAAAUGAUUUCAACACAACUUUAUUGCUAGGAUUAAGAGCGUGCGCAGAUCAUUUUGAAUAGCUUGUCUGCUUAACCAAUUAUGUUACACUCGUCGAGACACCGCGAGAGAAGCCGAAAACGAGUGUGACUGCUCUCUUCUCGUCUUGUCUCGCCCUUGUCCGAGCGGUGACGUCGGAGCGGUGACGAGACUCGACGUGUGUGUACAACCGGCGUUAUUGAUUGUAUGUGCAUAUGUCUACUAUGUCAAUGAUUAUUGUCAGAUUGUGUGCAUACCUCACCAUCGGUUGUGGAUCUAGGGCCAUACAUUAUGUAAAGUGUCUCCGUCCAUAUGUUUUGCUAUUUCAUUUUAUAUUUAGGAGGAUGUUACCGCCACACACGUUUCACUGAAUUGUAUUUUAUUGUGUAUGUAUUAAGGUUCAGAAUUGAAUGGUAUCACUAUUAUUUGUAUGUGGUUAGAGGCAAAGAUAGCUCUAUAAGAUGACUGCCGACGUGCUGACUGCUAUGAAAUGUAUUAUUUUAAAUACGUCUAUACAUUAAUCGAAACCUCCUUUAUGUAAUCAUUUCUAAACCUUAUAAAAAUAAAUUAAGGUAAGGUCGGGUAAGUCUAUCACCGGGACAAGACAAACACAUGUAUGGAAUCCUUAUACUGUUUGUCUUGCCCCGGGCAAAAUAAACUAUGCUCGUCUUACCCAACCUUACCUAAAUUUAUUUAUUUAAAAUUUGAUUCAAGCAACAAGGCCCAUAUUACAUACAUACAUAUAAAUUAUUUAAACUUAAUAAGGUUAACUGAGUAUCAUCUUAACCAUAUUUGUAAAACGUGUAAGGUCAACUUAGUGGAAGGGAAACAGUAUGAGGAGUCCCUGCAACACUCUCUUAACCCAUGGUCUCCUUUACCCCAUCUAACCUUCAACCUUCAGUAAUUUUAUUCAAAGCGUGUGUGGCGGAUUUACUCCUUUGCUCGUCUUAGGCCUAUCUUGUGGACGUGCAUAUUUGCUUUACAUACUUUUUACGCCGAGUAUUAACUCGGCUACACUCAAGCUGAUAACACUCAUGCGGGCUUUCUUAAACCUAGAGGUAGGUUAAGGCAUUUAUAUCACGGGUUUUUGGCGAGAGUGUGACCGGGGCUUAAUAAUGUGGCCUUUUGUUUAAGGGUUGAAAGCGUUGACAUAUAUCUAAGGUCGGAUUCUACGCACUAAGAAUAGUGCUAGUUCAGCGGUGUUACUCACGAGUUUGAGCCAAUCGUGUAGUCUAAUUAGUUGCGACCAAUCGCGUUGUGGCGUUCGAGCCAAUCUCGAAUUCGAGUGCGUGACUCCGCUGUACUGGCCCCAUUCUUAUUGCCCGUAAGGCCCGUCCUUAGAUAUAUGUCAAUGGUUGGAAGGUCCUAAUAUUUUCGUUAAGGUUUGGCCACAGUCAGUUAUCUGCAGUCGAGCUAGGUAGCGGUUAUAGGGUACCCGACGUGGCUCUGUGGUAGUUAAUAAAAUCUAGUCUGAAAUUAACUUCAAGUUACGCUUUUUAAUGCAAUUAUUUUAUGUGGGUUUGUACUAACAUGGAACAUGCCCCAAAAAUCUUCGUUUACUCAUGUUACUAUGUUAAGUGGGAGAAAACUUAUAUAUUUGUCAAAAUUGCGUACGAAAUAAAAUAUUAGGCAUAAGUUGCGUAGGAGUUGGUUGUGACUACCAUUCUUAAAUGUAGUCUAGUAGUAACGGUUGCAGUGCAGGGUGGUGGGUGUAGUCAUCUCUCUCUAUCACUCUUCCAUAUUAGUGCGACAGUGACAGCUGCUUUCCGUUCGCUGCUGCGGAGCGUUAACGGUUGGCACGUUGACUUGGGAUUUAUGAAAAAUUUGGCAUCUCUUUCUAGCUAUUUUUGUCAGAAAGAGAGGCGAACAACGAUUACGGAUUACAAGAUUUUGUGUAAAAAUACAGUGUUUUAUUAGAUAUUGGAAAACUGUAGGCAGCUUGGCAAAUACGAGUACAUUUUAAAGAACGAUCGUGUCAUUCAUGAAGACGCGUGCCUUGACUCGUAUUGUCAUGUUAUGAAAGGUUAGAUUUGACAAAUCUGCGCGUCAUCAUGGAUGACACGACCAAUAGCCUAACUUUUAACUAUGAUGAACUUUAAUUAAUUACCACAAUAAAAUAAUUGUAUUUGAAAGCGAUAUUUGUUCAAAUGUUUAUUUAAUAAGAAACAAUAUUUACGUAUAGCUGUAAGUAAGCAUUUAAGUUAUAAAUUAGUACAUUUUAGGUACUUAUACGAAAAUCUAACCGAUUUUUAUAACAAAGGAGACUGGUAUGUACUUUUAAUUCAGUAAAUGAUGUUAACAUUAAUGAUACAUUCCCAUCUGUGCGCGCUACCACGUGUACGUGAAGAGUUAAGAUAAAAACAAUAAAAACCAAUACAGUAUUGA